UUGACAGAAAGCACGAGUUCAAAUGAAGUUUUAGCAUGUGCUGUUUUCACAAUUUGUUUUAAUAAUAUGAUUUGUCAAUUGUUUUAAUGUAUGAGCGUAGACAGCGUUUCAAAAUUCUCCUGCAGCAUUGUACAUGCUUAAACUUUUUUUAUAUGCAUACAUGAUGAUUAUUUUUUUACAAUAAGAGACUAAAUCAUCUGGAAAAAGAGGAGAACAGACAUUGUUGCUAUAAAUCUCAAUCACCUAUUUUUUUCAAGUUCAAGGGACUAAAGAUUUAAUUUGUUUUGGAUCUUUAUUGGAAUAUCAAAUCGUGUAUUAAUUACGAAAUAGCCAUGUCGUGGUGGUUUAAAGUAAAUGGAAGUGAAGCAGAGUCUAAUGGAGUCUUACCUAGGCGUCCUUUCGUCGAUCUACAAAAUCGUUGUCAAGAAGCACCUUGCUGCAGGCAGCCGAAACAGCAAAGCGUUUACUUACCUGAAAAGGAAAACGUGUGUUCUAUUCCACAGAAUGAAAUCAACAGAAGAAAUAAGAGAGAAUCAAUUGAAAAUUUUUUUACAGAUCCUAUACUCCUAAAAGAAAUUUAUUGUACCAUGAAGGUAGCAGAAAGUAAAAGCUGCCCAUUAUUUCGCAGAUCUGCUGAUAAAAUCAGCACUGAUAUGCGAUCGUGCUUCAUUGAUUGGCUCAUUUAUAAAGCAGAGUCUUUUGCUCUGGAUACUGCUACACUGCAUUUAGCAGUGCAUUAUGCAGAUAAAUAUUUCUACAAAGAAGAAGCUGGUGUGGAAGAUCUACCACUUAUUGGAUCGUGUGCGAUUUUACUUGCAUGCAAACAUGAAGAAGCUAGAGAUCGUUUACCUAAGGUAAACGAUCUAAUUAGGCAUGCUUCCAAUGCUUUCAGUAGAAGAGAAGUUUUUCAAAUGGAGCAAAAAAUGCUGAAAGCAUUAGAUUUUAAAAUGUCUUAUCCAACAGGAUAUCUAUUUUUACAAGUUUUUUGUAGUUUACUUAACAUUAAGGACGAGGAGGCUUUUUUAGCCCAGUAUUUAUGUGAAAUUGCUCUCAUUUUUGAAGAUGUAUGUUUUUAUACCGAGCCAAGUAAAAUUGCAGCUGCCUCACUGAUAUCAGCUAGGUAUCUUUUAGGUAUUCAGCCCUGGUUUGAUGAUAUUGUGGAUAUUUCUGGUUACAACAUAAUUGAGCUGAUAGUUACUUCAAGAUUAUUAUGUGCCAAGUUUGACAAAAUCAUGGUUACUGAAUUUAAGAGAGUGAUAGCUAAAUAUAGUUCUUCAAAAUAUAAAAAUAUUUCUGAAAAGAGCUAUCCAAAUACUAUACACAUUUAACUAUUCUGUGAUCUUCUUUGUUUUUUUUUCUACAGAUGAACAAAUAAACAUUAACUGGACUUUAAUAUUUUUUACUUAUGCAUUUAUAUCAUGAUUGAAUAUUUCAUGUUCCAUUUUAUAUUUUCGAUGAAUAUUUAGAGAUCUGUUUAUUCUAUGCUGUGAUCAGCUGUUAAGGAUAACCCUCUUCUCUUCAGACUUUUAUGCAAACAAACAUAAUGUUGUAUCAUUCCAACAACAUAACGAUAUCUGAUUUAAAGUGUGCCAAACCUAUAUAAGUGGAAUUGGGUCUGAAAGACUAUGCAAACUGUAAUUCUAUUUUAUUAUUUAAAAAGAUUUGUGCAAAAAAAAUACUCCACCAUACAAAUAAAUGUAAUAUUGUUGAAAAUGACAUUUAACAAAUUACAAUUUGUUGAAUUAUUCAUACCAAAUUUAUGAACCCUUAUAUUUUUCAUAAGAAUGUUUCUUAUUCCAGAACAUCAAUCUAUGGGUUGUUUUUUUUUAAUUGUAAGUUGUCUUAUACUUUUACUUAUUUUCUUUGUACAUACUGUUUGUUAUAACUAUUUAUAAUAAACAAAACAAUUAGUGAAGUGUGUCAGUUUUUGUGCUGCAGGGACCUGAUCAUAAAGA